AUGGAGUAGAAUCCCCUUCGAAGACCAAUUAUUGCGACAGCAACGAUUUCGAUAAUAAAACGGAUUCAAAAAUGCUGGAACUUGAAGAAAAGCUAAGAGAGUCGGAAUUGAAAUUGGCAAUUGCCACCGGAAAAUUGGCUAUAUUCGACGAUAAAAUAGAGGACAAAAACGACAUUAUUGAAGCCCUCAAAAUGUCUAACAGCCUGUAUAAAUCUAUUUGUAAAAAUCUAGAGGAAGAAUUGUCAACCCUCAGUCAAGGAAAGAUAAAACCUAGCCAGGAACUUGAGACAAACACUAAUAAUUCAGCAGUUGCUAAGCUAAGAGGCACAAUAUCAAUUCUUAAAGAAAGCGUGAAGGAAAAAAAAUUAGUUAUAGCUUCUCUCGAAGCUCAGAUUAAAGGGAACGCAAGAGACGAAAAAUACAACUUACAAAUUAUUAAGACUUUGAAUUCUCAGAUAGGCGAGAAAGAAGAAGAGCUAAAGAACGAGAAAGAUGUUAUAGCAUCUCUCGAAGCUCAGAUUAAAGAAAAAGAUAGUAAAAAUGUUGAGAACGAACAUAUGAUGAAUGCUCUAGGCGUUCAAAUUGUUAGGAUAACUUCUGAACAGAAAGAACAUAAAGCUCAUAUCGCUUCCCUCAAAAACCAGAUAGGGCAAAAAAAUGAAUCACUGAAAAAAAAUAAAGAUCUUAUAUCUUCACUCAAGGCUCAAAUAGAAAAAAAAGAUAAAAUAAAUUGUGAAAACAUAAAACUUAUAACAAAUCUUAAGGUUCAGAUCAAGAACAAAGAUGACCAAACAGCCCUUUUAACGCUGGAUCUAAACUUAGAAACAUGUAAAUCGAGGGAAAAGGAUGAGCUUUUAAAAAACCAAGCUGCUACAAUAUUGAAACUAAAAACUUAUCAGGAAAAACUGGAAGAAAACCAAAAACGUAUACCUUCAGAGAGUGAGAGCGACCAACAAAUUUCCAAGGCUUCGUAA